CAACUCAACAACAACACAGCAUCACAUGAUUUCACUUCCGCAAAUCAUGCUGCUAGACUCAUUCAAAAUACCGCUGGACUCAGGCAAGUAAGUACGGUAGUUGAAUGUAUUCAAGUGAAUUCUGAUUUAUUUUUGUUCUUGCACCGGACAGCACGCCUCCUUGUGAGGACCAACAUGGCCCGGCUCAUGUUUGGAAACCUACUGCUGCUACUGCUGCUGUUAGGACAUUCACUUGGAGCACCUGGUUCAUUCAGCGUGGAUUACCAGAAGGACUGCUUUCGAAAAGAUGGGGAAGAGUUUCGUUACAUAUCAGGAAGCAUCCAUUACAACAGGAUCCCCAGAGUCUACUGGAAGGACCGUCUGCUCAAGAUGUACAUGGCAGGACUGAAUGCCAUCCAGACGUACAUUCCCUGGAAUUACCACGAGGAGUCUCCGGGCCAGUACAAUUUUAGUGGGGACCGGGAUGUGGAGUAUUUCCUUCAGCUGGCCCAAGACAUUGGCUUAAUGGUGAUCCUUCGGCCUGGACCCUACAUAUGUGGAGAGUGGGACAUGGGAGGGCUGCCUGCCUGGCUCCUCAACAAGAAAGACAUCGUGCUGCGGUCGUCAGAUCCAGAUUACAUCGCAGCAGUAGAUAAGUGGAUGGGAUACUUACUGCCCAUGAUAAAGCCUUAUCUCUACCAGAACAAGGGUCCUAUCAUCACUGUACAGGUGGAGAAUGAAUAUGGCAGUUAUUUUGCCUGUGACUACAACUAUAUGCGUCACCUGACCAAGCUUUUCCGGUCCCACCUGGGCGAAGAGGUGGUGCUCUUCACCACAGAUGGAGCUGGACUCAACUACCUCAAGUGUGGCUCAAUACAAGGCCUCUACGCCACUGUGGACUUCGGCCCAGGUGGAAAUGUAACGGCUGCUUUUAAUGCACAGAGACAUGCAGAACCUCAUGGACCUUUGGUGAAUUCUGAAUAUUACACUGGCUGGCUGGACCACUGGGGGUCUCCUCACUCUGUCGUGUCAACCGCCGCAGUGGCCAAGACCCUCAAUGUGAUGCUGGCCAUGGGAGCAAAUGUCAACAUGUACAUGUUCAUAGGAGGGACAAACUUCGGAUACUGGAACGGUGCCAACGCACCGUACAGCCCGCAGCCCACGAGCUAUGACUACGACGCACCGCUCUCUGAAGCAGGAGACCUCACAAAGAAGUACUUUGCAAUUCGUGAUGUCAUCAAAAUGUACCGUAAGAUACCAGAGGGAACGAUACCACCUACAACUCCAAAGUAUGGAUAUGGGACUGUUGGGAUGAAAAAGCUCCAAACAAUUUCAGAUGCCUUAGAAAAGCUUUCUUUCUCCGGCCCUGUAAAAAGCAUGUAUCCUCAGACCUUUAUUGAACUGAAGCAGGCCUUUGGUUAUGUGCUCUACAGGACUGAACUUCCUGUUAACUGCAACACACCCACGCCACUGUCGUCUCCUCUGAACGGUGUCCAUGACAGGGCGUAUGUCUCAGUGGACGGGGUGGCAAUGGGGGUUCUUGAAAGGAACAAGGCCUUAACUGUCAAUGUUACUGGGAAAGCCGGCAGUCAGGUGGACAUAUUGGUGGAAAAUAUGGGCCGAAUCAACUACGGAAAAGACAUCAAUGACUUUAAGGGCCUGGUGUCAGACCUGACUCUAGGGAAAGACACACUCACUGGCUGGACGAUGUACAGCCUCAGCAUCGACAAAGCGGUCAGUGAGGGCCUCCUCGGUGAAACCAAACCAACAGACCCAUCUCCGCCUGCGGCUCUCUCCCUCCCCACCUUCUACCAGGGAAGCUUCGUCAUUCCUGACGGCAUCCCAGACCUCCCCCAGGACACCUACAUCAAGCUGCCCAAAUGGAGGAAGGGGCAAGUUUGGAUUAACGGCUUUAACCUGGGGCGCUACUGGCCAACUCGGGGCCCUCAGGUGACACUUUUUGUCCCUGCCACCAUCCUCAGCAACGCUGCGCCCAACAAUGUGACUGUGCUGGAGCUGGAGGACGCUCCCUGCGGCUCCGGGCCCUGUAGCGUGGAGUUUACCGACACCCCCAUCCUUAAUGCCACAGUACAGUCUGACUUCAAACAGCAAAGGAGGCUCUUCUCUAAAGAGGAUUUGCUCUGAUAAUAAGGGAAACUUACUGCUGCACUAAAAGGAAUCUAUUUGCACUUUCUGCCAAUUUCUUAAUCAGCACCUGUGUUUGUGAAAGCGGGUUCAUUUGGGACGUGAUAUCAAUGAUUGAAUGUGUCGUUUUUAUGAAAACUGAUGAAAUGUUUUUAGCCAAAUCAUUAUUUUAACCAUCACAUGACUGUGAGCUCUCUACCUCACUGAUUCUCCAAAACAUUUUAAUUCAAAGCCUUUUUUUUCCUCACAAAGGGAUCUUUCUGUAUUGAAAGACAUCGAGCUGUAUUUUGGAGACGGUUUUAUUUUUAUCUUGAAAAACACAUCAGGGAAAUACCAUAUUAUCAUACAACUGAGGAUAUAUUGUGGCACUGCUGACAUCUACAUUAUCUACAAAAAUAUGUUGCAUUAACCCUGAAUCGGUCUGAUUGUAAUGCUGUUUAGCAUUUGCCUUUUUAAAACACAAAAAAUAAAAGUAUGAUUUUAUAAUA